AUGGAUGAAACAAUUACCCUUCUCCUAACUGUCGAGUCACAGAAGGCAAUAAAUAACUGUAACAAUAAAUCAGACCUGGAGAUUUGGACAGAAUUUCUGUCCACAGAUAACGCACUAUACUUGGUAUUUGCAGCAGUGCUUGAAUUCGCUUUUGCAGAACAUUUACUAGAAUUUGCCUCCUUAAGAUUAUGCGGAGAUACCUCGGACAUAAUUCCGGAUCCAACAGACUGUGGAUAUUUUUUUGAUUGCACGAAUUAUUAUGCAGUUCGUCAGCGCUGCGCACCGGGGACUUUUUUUAAUGACCUUACAAAGAAGUGUGAUUUUCCAGAAAAUGUCCCUCGAUGCGAAAAACAAUUGUACGGAGAAUUCAAGAAUAAUUACAACAUGGAUGGCGUUGCAGACCCAAAUGAAAUCAUAGUUGUUAACCCAGGUAAUCAAGAUGAUACAGAAGUCAAGAGUAUACCUUCCGAAGCAAAGCAGGCAUCAAAUUCUGCAGUUCAAAGUGAUAAAAAGGAUAUAGUUAUCGGAAAUAAUACGACAAAUGGAAAUCAUGACCCGUUUUGUUUUGGGAAAAAAGUUGGAAAUUACCCAGACCCCAAUAACUGUGAUUUCUUUUAUCAGUGUAGCUUAAUAUUAAGUCGAAGACAAAAGUGCGCUCCUGGGACUGUAUUCAAUCCAAAGAAAGACAGAUGCGACUUUCCAUCGCAAGUUAAAGGAUGUGAAAAUUCCUUUACGAGAAAAAGAUAUGGCUCAGUUGAACAAACACAUGUAAAGAAAGAAAUUUCUGGCACCGAUCUAAAGAAAGCACCAGACUUUAUUUUGCAGAAAUUUCAACGUCCUUCGAUUCCAUCAGCUACAACUACUUCGAGCAAAAGAUUUGAAAGUUCUACCAUUACUGCAAUAAAGCAAGACACUUCCAGUAAACAGUUAAGUUUAACAAACACGAAAUCAGAUGAAUCUCUGAAGAAGACUUCAGUGCAAACCACUGACAAGAAGACAAUAAAGCCAUCGAUUAAAGAUGCUGUGGUUUAUGUCAAGAAAGAGGGUGAGAAGCCAAAUGAGAAAGACUUGAUUUUUAAACAAAGGACCGUAGAUACAAAACUUUUCAGAACAGGGAAUAGAAAUCUGAAUAUGCGUUUUUCUCUUCGAGACCUUAUUAGAAAUGGCGGGAAGAAUCAGCCUGCUGCUAAAGAAGCUGUGACAACAACGGCCCAACCAACAUCAACAAGACAUGUUCGAUCAACUACCACAGUGUUAUUGCCUGUGGUUCCUACUAAAGCUUCUUAUAAAUCAAUGCUGGCAAACGAUUCUGUGUCUUAUUCAGAGGAAAAUCAGUCAAAAGUUCAAAACACACGUGUUAAUGGUGAAGUAGUGAAAUCAUACCCACAAACAUUUGAUGAGAUUAGAAGCAAAGUACAAAGUUCUUUGAACAAAGUUGUUGUCUCUGAAUAUAUACAAAUGGUACCUACAAAAUCUGAACAAAUGGGUGAUUCUGUUCACUCCGCGUCAGGCGCAAGAUACUCACAAAGAACAACAGCAGUAAACGCACAAACGACGACACCAUCACCUAAAACAGUUGACGAGGUCCUUGAAAAGGUUGGUCACACUGUCAAACAGGCUACAGUCGAAGGAGUACUAAGUGCCGCUCCUUCCCUUCCUUUGGAUACCUAUUCAGUGCAUGUUGAUAAAGAAGGUCAAGCCAGGAAGUUUCCAGUUAUAGAAACGGGAGAUAUCAACGGUAAUUUUGGAUCUCAAAAGGGGAUUCUUAGCAGUAUUGGUAGUACUCUUAGAGGGAAAACAGUAGACAAAAAUUUGAGGGAUUCUAUUGAAGCCAAAUUGAAAGCUUUAAUGUAUCUGACAACUUUCAUUAAAUCAGAGAGACUCAAUGAGAUAUUUAGAGAAACAUUACGAAAGAGUAAGCUGAUGGAUAAAUUUGCAAAGAAGACUACAAAUGGUUCCAAAGUGAUGGCUAAAACUGGCACUAAACGGAGAGGGAACGUGCAUUAUCCACGGCUUAUUAUCGUGACUAGUAUGGGGUCUGGAGAUUCCAAUAAAAAACUUUUAGAACAGUUUGAGGUCGGUUUGCCUCCAAAACAACGAAAUUGAAUUAUGCAAUUUUUUUAUGUGUUGUAAAGAUUUAUUAGAUUAGUGUAUAAUUUAUUAGCGACUAGUCAUAGAAAAUUGUGUAAGAUUGACCAUGAUGGAUAUUUUACAUGACGAAUGCUUGUAGUUAGUGCUUAGUUGUAAAGUUCGAUCAGUAUUUUCAUUUAGUAAGAAAUCCGCUAUUUAUGGCAUAACAGGGUAUUAUUAUCGUUGACUGUAAUUGUUUU